AUGGGGGAGAAGGAAGGAGGAGUUGUCAAGAAGGGUCAUGAAGAGGGGCUGAAAAUGGCCGUUUCACUUCUUGAAGAGUUUGAACUUCCAUUGGGACUUCUCCCAAUUGCUGAUGUGAUUGAAGUAGGUUUUGUGAGGAGCAGCGGGUACAUGUGGAUAGCGCAGAAGAAAAAGGUUGAGCACAACUUCAAGAUGAUCAGCAAGUUGGUGAGCUAUGGCACUGAGAUCACCGGUUACAUUCAGAAGAAGAAGAUCAAGAAGCUCAAGGGAGUGAAGGCUAAGGAGUUCAUGCUAUGGCCUCCAGUCGGUGAGAUAACUACUGAUGAUCCGCCCACAGGAAAGAUUCAUUUCAAGAGCCUUGCUGGGAUCACAAAGACUUUCCCUGUCGAGGCAUUUGCUGCAGGCCAGUGA